AUGCCAAGUCAGCUAUAUGAAAGAAGUGAAAAAGACACUAGUAAGAACAGUUUUUCGCUUCAAACAAUGUCUCAGUCAGGAAAAGACAAAGAUGCACAAGAAGAAGCUCCACAACACGUCAUGGGAUUAUCGAACGGCAGAAAUACCUCUGAAAACUUGAAUGGAAAAACAAAGGAUGAUUUUGACCUGGCCGCUGUUUAUGUUUCGGAUGCUCAGUACAACAGAAACAUUUUUUUUGACACAACACCCCAAGCUGUGAGGCUGUACAUGCUGUAUAACCACUGGGGCUUCCAGGUUUUGGUUUACACCUUCAUUGUUGUUGACCUGUCUUUGGCUGUCUUUGAGGACCCUGCUGUCAUUCAUGUACCAAUAUGGGUGACCAUGGUGGUCGAGCUUGUCUGUCUCUUGGCUUUUACAGCUCGUCUUGUCCACUAUGCCAAAGUCAUUCCCUGGCAAAAGUUUUGGAAAGACCCCAAGAACAUCUGCAUCAUAGUCAUCAUUUUGCUUACCAUGCUUGACAUGGUUAUCUACGGAGCACUGAAAUCUUCAAACUUUCAUGCUGUCAGAUGGUCCAGAGUUAUGAGACCCCUCCUUCUGGUCAAUGUAACUGAAGGACGACAGCUUCGCAGAGCUUUCAGAAGCAUCCGAAAUGCCUUGCCACAGAUCCUGUAUGUCUUCCUGCUCUUCAUGUUCAGUCUUUUGAUGUUUUCUCUCAUGGCUCUUAAACUGUUUGGGAAAAGGGACUUGAAAACAAUUGAAGGAAGCUCCUAUUUCACCAACUAUCUAGAGAUCGUCUUUGAUCUUUACGUGCUUGUCACCACCGCCAACAGUCCUGACGUCAUGAUGCCAGCAUACAACUCCCAUGUUCUCUUUGCUGUUUUCUUUAUUCUCUACAUCCUCAUCAACACCUACAUCUUCAUGUCUGUCUUCUUGGCGGUCGUUUACAACAACUACAAGAAGUACCUAAAGGAAGAGGUACGGCAGCUGGUCAGGACCAAAAGACACAAGAUGGUGCGAGCGUUUGGGCAGCUGCAGGAGAGACAGGGGGAGGAGGAGCCAGUGGUGACUCAGGCCUGCUGGAACCAGCUCGUACGAUUGGUCCAGCCGGAUAUCAGCAACGCCCACAGGGAGCUUCUCUGGAAUGUCUGUGAUGACGGCAACCAAGGCUGCAUAGGCAAAGUGAUGUUUGUCCAGCUGGCAGACCUGCUCAAUAUCCAGGUUAUCACCGUGAAGUCUAGGCCCCAUCCCCUAGAGACUUGGAUGCCCUCCCUCUACCUCUCCUCUCCCAGCCGCCUGCUGCUUCGCAUGGUCCAGCACCGGGUGUUUAUUUACACUUAUGACCUGAUCAUCCUGGUAAAUGCCAUAUUCAUCGGUCUGGAUGAGGGAAACCCGCUGAUAUCCAACGCAGAGUGGGGGUUCCUGGCUCUUUACCUUCUGGAGAUCCUCCUCAAACUCUAUACCUUUGAGCCCCGCGCCUUCUUCUCUAGACAUCAGUUCUGGAACUGGUUUGACACCAUCAUCGUCAUCUCUGCAUUGGUUGCUACGAUCAUCAAUUCAGCCGUAAAGUCAUCUGGAGGGUACACUAGCCGUCAGAUCCUGGACAUAGUCUUCAUCCUGAGGGUGCUGAGGCUCAUACGGAUUGUGGACAGCAUCGAAAGGUUCCGUGCCAUUAUCAACACUCUCAUCAAGAUCGGGCCAACUAUACUUACAUUUGGACAGCUCAUUGUUGUUGUUUACUACAUAUUUGCCAUGGUGGGAAUGGAACUAUUCAAAGGGAGAAUCCAUUUUUUUCCGGAAGACUCCACCGAUCCUGAGAAGGAGUACUGUGGGAACCCCCUUCUCAAGGGCACGGCGUUUGCCAGGAACAACUACUGCAAGAACAACUUCAACAAUGUGAUUUCUUCCUUUGUUCUUCUGCUGGAGCUGACUGUGGUCAACCAGUGGCAUGUAUUGAGCAGUGGGUAUACUGCUGUCACUCACGUAUCAGCCAGAAUAUUCUUUGUCCUGUUCCAUAUUGUUGUCGUCAUCAUCAUCAUCAAUAUCUUCAUCGCCUUUGUACUUGAGGCCUUCUUUGUGGAAUACACCGUUGACAAAAGCCACCUGCAGACGUCGCUGGAAAAGAAAAUUGAAGAACUGGGGCUGGGUGUUGAACAGGACGGGCCAGAUGAAAACUUGGUGGAUGCAAUGGAAACAAAUGACAAUGACAUGGGUACUUCAGAAUCUACGAAGGCCAAACCGGCACUCAUGUUUAAGAUUGCCUCAAAGAGAUACAAAACUGUGGAUGGCUUGUUACAGAGGAUGUUUGAAGCAGACUUGAGCCCUGAGGACUUUGCAGAAGAUGAGGAUCCUAACAACCCAUCAAACCUGAACUUCUCAAACCCUUCCUUUGAUUAUGUAUAGCCAUGCUGAAAAAGGGAAAUAAUCAAAUACUCUAUGUAACUUUACACUUUUGUACUGAAAUGAAUAUAGCUGCUUAUAUAUAUCAUGUAUCAUUCCAUAUGUAACAUAAACUACUUGAUAUGAAUACUAUUAAAUAUAUUUUAAGAGGUUUCUAUAUGCAAUAAGCUGUAAAUGGGUAAUAUUCCUCAAUGUGAUAUUUAGUUAUCUAUCUCUUUCCUAUUAAACUCGGUCAGUAUCUCGA